GAUUACGUCGGAUUUGGCCAUUACUGAUUACGUAAUUCAAGGAGACGGCGCUGUAUUAGCAUGUUGUGCUAAAUCUGCGGUAUACUGCAUUCGCUGAUUCUUGGACAGCCAAUGUCUCUCUACGAUGAUUUGGGGGUCGCUACCAGCGACGCAAAAACCGAAGGAUGGUCGAAGAACUUCAAACUACUUCAGUCUCAGCUAAAAGUGAAAAAAGCUGCCUUGACGCAGGCAAAGACUCAGAGAAUGAGGCAGUCGACUGUUCUGGCCCCUGUCAUCGAUCUGAAAAGAGGGAAUGCUGGAGAAGACCGACAGAUCUCAGAUACUCCUCCACAUGUAGCAGCAGGGUUGAAGGAUUCUGCACCGGGUGGCUUUUCUGCAGGUGAUGUUCUAAUCCCGCUGGCGGAUGAAUACGAUCCCCUGUUCCCCAACGACUAUGAGAAAGUGGUGAAAAGACACAGAGAGGAACGGCAGAGGCAGAGAGAGCAGGAGCGGCAGAAGGAGAUCGAGGAGAGGGAGAAGAAGCGCAAGGAGCGGCACGAAGGAGGAGCCCCCAGUGGUUUCUCGCGGUUCCCCACAGAGGCAGACUCUGAUGAAGAAGAGGAGUACGAGAAAGAGAAGAAGAAGAGAACUAUGGGUGGAGCUGCUAUUGCCCCUCCAACGUCUCUAGUGGAACGGGACUCAUCAUACACUUAUGACGAGGAGGGUCGUCAGCGGUCCAAGGCGGCGAUCCCACCCCCUGUCUACGAGGAUGCGGAGAGACCACGUUCUCCCCCAGGCCCCACCAGCUCCUUCCUGGCCAACAUGGGGGGCACUGUGGCUCAUAAGAUCAUGCAGAAGUAUGGCUUCCGGGAGGGCCAGGGCUUGGGGAAGCAUGAGCAGGGAUUGAGCACAGCUCUGUCAGUGGAGAAGACCAGCAAACGCGGCGGCAAGAUCAUCAUUGGAGACUCAACUGAAAAGAAUCCAGGAUCCAGUCAGAAUGCGGCUGAGGCACCUGGCUAUAAUGCAGGAGUAUCAGCGGAUCAGACGAAGAAAAACGAUGUCAACCCACUGACAGAGAUCCUCAAAUGCCCCACAAAAGUAGUGCUGCUGAGGAAUAUGGUGGGAAGAGGAGAGGUGGACGAAGACCUGGAGGCUGAGACGAAAGAGGAAUGUGAGAAAUAUGGCAAAGUCAUCAAGUGUGUUAUCUUUGAGAUUUCGGAUGUGGCAGAUGAUGAGGCCGUGAGAAUAUUCUUGGAAUUUGAGCGUGUUGAGUCAGCCAUUAAAGCUGUGGUGGACCUGAACGGAAGGUAUUUCGGGGGUCGAGUGGUGAAGGCCUGCUUCUACAACUUGGACAAAUUUCGUGUGCUAGACCUGGGGGAACUGGUGUGAGUCAUGGCAACCAGUGUCACCUUCAUCUCCAUGACUACAUCAGUGAAAAGCCAGGAAGAAACGCCUGUGUUCUUUAUCUGUACAUAAAGUGAAUAGUUUUUAUAUGCCCUACCCUAGUAUUGAGGAAUAUUUAAUUUGCAAACUUUUUUCCCCUCUUUUUUCCAUUUACUGUAUCAUCAGUAGAACAGGAAGUAUGCUGAACAUCUGUUAUUGUUCCUUGUUGGGUAGUUGUAGUGUGGUGUCUGAAUCAGAAAAUAAACAAUGUAUUUUGGAAGCCUA